AUGGAGACUAUGAUGAUGAAUUCGCGGAAUCUGUUUGAGCAGCUUGUGCGCCGGGUGGAGAUUCUCAGUGAAGGAAAUGAGCUCCAAUUCAUCCAGUUGGCAAAGGACUUUGAGGAUUUCCAUAAAAAGUGGCAGAGAACAGACCAUGAACUGGGUAGAUGCAAGGAUCUUUUGAUGAAAGCAGAGACUGAGCAUAGUGCUCUGGAUGUUAAGCUGAAGCAUGCACGCAAUCAGGUGGACGUAGAGAUCAAACGGAGACAGCGAGCUGAGGCUGACUGUGAAAAGCUGGAACGACAGAUUCAGGUGAUUCAAGAGAUGCUCAUGUGUGACACAUCUGGCAGCAUUCAACUAAGUGAAGAGCAAAAAUCAGCUUUGGCUUUUCUCAACAGGGGCCAACCAUCCAAUGGCAAUGCUGGGAACAAAAGACUAUCAACCAUUGAUGAAUCUGGUUCCAUUUUAUCAGAUAUCAGCUUUGACAAGACUGAUGAAUCACUGGACUGGGAUUCUUCUUUGGUGAAGACUUUCAAACUGAAGAAGAGAGAAAAGAGGCGCUCUGAUAGCCGACAAUUUGUUGAUGGUCCACCUGGACCUAUAAAGAAAACUCGUUCCAUUGGCUCCACAGCAGAUCCGGGGAAUGAAUCUAUAGUUGCAAAAACUACGGUGACUGUUCCCAAUGAUGGUGGGCCCAUCAAAGCUCUGUCCACGAUUGGUGUGCCAUAUUGGACCAGGAGCCGAAGGAAAACAGGUACUCUGCAACCUUAUAACAGUGACUCCACCCUGAGGAGCAGGCGGCUGGAGCCCAGAACUGAAACAGACGGUUCCAGCACUCCACAGAGUAACGGAGGGAUGCGCUUGCAUGACUUUGUCUCUAAGACGGUUAUUAAACCAGAAUCUUGUGUUCCAUGUGGAAAGCAGAUAAAAUUUGGCAAGCUGUCCCUGAAGUGUCAAGACUGUCGUGUGGUCUCUCAUCCAGAAUGUCGAGACAGCUGUCCCCUUCCUUGCAUUCCUACCCUGAUAGGAACGCCUGUCAAGAUCGGAGAGGGAAUGCUGGCAGAUUUUGUGUCCCAGACUUCACCAAUGAUCCCCUCCAUUGUUGUCCACUGUGUAAAUGAGAUUGAACAGAGAGGGCUUACAGGGACAGGCCUGUAUAGGAUCUCAGGCUGUGACCGGACAGUAAAAGAGCUGAAAGAGAAAUUCCUCCUAGUGAAAACUGUACCCCUCCUCAGCAAGGUGGAUGGCAUCCAUGCUAUCUGUAGCCUUCUGAAAGACUUCCUUCGAAACCUCAAAGAACCUCUUCUGAACUUUUGGCUAAAUAAGACCUUUAUGGAAGCAGCAGAAAUCACAGAUGAGGACAACAGCAUAGCUGCCAUGUACCAGGCUGUUGGUGAACUGCCCCAAGCCAACAGGGACACAUUACCUUUCCUCAUGAUUCACUUGCAAAGAGUGGCUCAGAGCCCAAACACUAAAAUGGAUAUUGCCAAUCUGGCCAAAGUCUUUGGCCCUACAAUAGUUGCCCAUGCUGUGCCCAAUCCAGACCUGGUGGCAAUGUUACAAGACAUCAAGCGUCAACCCAAGGUGGUAGAGCGCUUCCUUUCACUGCCUCUGGCAUAUUGGAGUCAGUUCAUGAUGGUAGAGCAAGAGAACAUUGAUCCUAUGCAUGUCAUCGAAAACUCCAAUGCCUUUUCAACACCACAGACACCAGAUGUUAAAGUGAGUUUACUGGGGCCUGUGACCACUCCAGAGCAUCAGCUCCUCAAGACGCCUGCAUCUAGCUCCCUGUCGCAGAGAGUCCGCUCCACCCUCACUAGGAACACUCCUAGAUUUGGGAGCAAAAGCAAGUCUGUCACCAACCUAGGAUGACAAGGCAGCUUCUUUGCUUUUCCAAUGCUCAAGUGA